ACAAGCAAGUAUUAAUUGUCAAAGAGCAAUUGUCAGUCAAGAAAUUUAUGUUGGCGCCAAUCUUUGCAAUUAGUUUUUUUACUUCCAUCACUGUUUUAAUUUUUAUAUUUUUUUAAUAUCUAUGAUUCUGUAAAAAACCAAUUUUUAAUUAAAAUAAAAUUUUGAAAUGAACUCUUUGCAGGCAUUACAAGAAUAUAUUAAGACUAAAGAUAAUUUUAGAAAUUUUAUCAACGGCUCAGAAGUGCCGACAGUAUGUAAAUCUGAACCGUGUAUGUUAGGGGUGGACGAAGCAGGUCGUGGCCCAGUUUUAGGUCCAAUGGUAUAUGGAGUCGCAUAUUGUCCAAUAAAUACGAAGAAAAUAUUAGAAAAUCUUGGUUGUGCAGAUUCAAAAGCAUUGACUGAAGAGAAACGAGAUGACAUAUUAACUCAAAUUUUCACAGAUGAUGCAGCAUUGAACAAUGUUGGCUGGGCUUCAGAAAUAAUAUCACCAAAUUAUAUCUCUAACUCAAUGUACAGAAGAGCUAAACACUCUUUGAAUGAGGUAUCAAUGAACUCUGCUAUAGAUCUUAUUAAAAAAGUGCAUUCUUCUGGUGUAAAUAUCACUGAAGUUUAUGUAGACACAGUGGGCCCACCUGAAAAGUAUCAAGCAAAACUGUCAGAGAUAUUUCCUGAAUUUAAAAUAACUGUAGCAAAAAAAGCUGAUUCUAUAUAUCCUAUAGUAUCGGCAGCGAGUAUUGUAGCGAAAGUGACAAGAGAUCAUGCACUUAAAGUUUGGAAAUUUCAUGAAGACCUGGAAAUGGAUCACACUCAGUUUGGAAGUGGUUACCCUGGAGAUCCAUUGACCAAAAAGUUUAUUCGAGAGCAAAUUGACAAAGUAUUUGGUUACCCACUUUUAGUGAGGUUCAGUUGGUCGACAGCAGACCAUAUGUUGCAAGAGAAAGCAGCUACUUGUACAUUUGAAGAAGUUGAUGAAGAGAAUCCUAAAAAGAAGGCCAGUGCUGGGACUAAGUCAAUCAGUUCAUUUUUUUCUCCUAAAUUGGAGAGUAAUGGAAAAAUAAGAAAAAGACAUAAGUUCUUUGAAGAAAGGUGUUUAAUAGUGGGUAAUAAUGCUUUUGACUGACAAGAUUAAAGUGAUAGGUGUAAAUAAAAUUAAUAAAUAUUUUGUGAAA